AUGCACCGCAACCGCCUAGGCGCCGUCCUGGUACGGGCGCUGACGCUGACGCUGACGCUGGUGCCGACCCUCGCAAGCGCGGGCGCCGGCUUCCAGCGCCCCGACCUCUGGCCGCACCCGUUCGGCCCCGGCAGUCCCCGUGGCGCCUCCCUUCCACGCGACCCGGCCAGGCGGUGCGUCGUGGUGCCCAGCCGCCCCGGCGAGGACGACGCGCCCGCCAUCCUGGCGGCCUUCCGGCGCUGCAACCGCGGGGGCACCGUGGUGCUCGACGCCGCCUACACGCUCGCGUCGCCGCUUGACCUGACCUUUCUGGACGGCGUCGACGUGGCCCUCUCGGGGUCCGUCACCUUUAGCGACGACAUCCCGUACUGGACGGCGCACGCGUUCCGCUACGCGUUCCAGGACCAGGCCGCCUUCUGGAGGUUCGGCGGCCGCGACGUCCACAUCUUCGGCCGCGGCCGCGGCCUGCUCGACGGCAACGGCCAGGCCUGGUACGACGCCUUUGCCGCCGACCCCUUGCUCCGCCGACCCGUGCUGCUGGUCCUCGACGGCCUGCACGGCGGGUCCGUCUCGGGCAUCCGCAUGACGAACCCCCCCGGGUGGUUCAACCUCGUGGCCAACAGCUCCGACAUCCUCGUCAGCGACAUGAAGCUAGACGCCCAGAGCGCCAGCAGCAACCCGGCCAAGAACACCGACGGCUGGGACACGUACCGCUCCGACGCCGUCGUCAUCCAGGACUCGGUCGUCAGCAACGGCGACGACUGCGUCUCGUUCAAGCCCAACACGACCAACUGCGUCGUCCAGGGCCUGCGCUGCUCCGGCUCGCACGGCAUCUCCGUCGGCUCGCUGGGCCAGUACGCCGGCCGCGUCGACGUCGUGCAAAACGUCUACGUGUACAACGUCACCAUGCGGGACGCCAGCGCCGCCGCCCGCAUCAAGGUCUGGCCCGGCGCCCCGACCGACUUCCAGCCCGCGCUGCGCGGCGGCGGCGGCUCCGGAACCGUCCGCAACGUCACCUACGACUCGGUGCGCAGCCGCAACGCCGACCUGGCCAUCGAGCUCACCCAGUGCUACGGCACCAAAAACCUGACUGCCUGCAUGGAACGUCCGUCCGACGUGGCGAUAUCCGACGUUGUCUUCAAGAACAUGUGGGGGCAGACGUCGGCGAAGCAUGACCCGGUUAUCGGCUCGCUCAUCUGCAGCGACCCCUCUAGGUGCUCCAACAUCCAGGUUGACGGCGUCACCGUUCAUCCUCCUUCUGGAAGGCCCGCCCGGAUGACGUGCCUGAACAUUGACGCCAAGCUUGUCGGUAUCGACUGCGUUGCCGCCAAGUGA